AUGAGCAAAGAAUUGAGCCCCAAGGAGUCUAUCUCUAAUGUGCAAAUGGAUAUCGAAGAUUCUGCAGAGGCCUUGGCAGCUGAACUACGACUUAACAAGCGCGUUGUUAUGAAGAUCGAUCUAGUGAUUCUUCCGUUUCUUGUCUGUACCGUGUUUCUACAGCUACUGGACAAAAAUUGCUUGUCGUAUGCUGCACUGUAUGGAUUAAAGACCGACAACAACUUGAAAGGACAGGAAUACAGUUGGCUUGCUACCAUCUUCUACAUUGGAUAUUUAUUUGCGGAAAUUCCAGUGUUUUUCUUGCUGCCAAAGAUCAAAAAUCUUUGCAGAUGGAUGUGUGCGUUACUGGUUAUUUGGGGAGCAUUGCUUAUGUGCAUGGCCGGAUGUCAUAACUUUGCAGGCUUAGCAACCGUCAGAUUGUUCCUUGGUAUUUUUGAGGCAGCAAUUCAACCUGCGUGUAUCAUCCUCUCUACAACGUGGUACACCAAGUCUGAACAACCUAUUAGAAUGGCCUUAUGGUCUAACACGUUUGCCGGUGUCUUCAAUGGUAUCUUUGGUUACGGAAUUGGGCAUUGGACUGGAUCGCUGUCGACGUGGAAAUAUUUCUUUCUUGUUUACGGGGCUGUGACCAUUGCUUUUGGAAUUGUGUGCUCGUUCUUGCUACCAAACAGUAUCGAAACUGCAUGGUUCCUAAAUGCAGAGGAGAAAAAAUGUGCCAUUGCCAGGACCGCAACCAACCAAACCGGAAUUCAUCUCGGAGCGAAGGAUAUCAAAUGGAAACAGAUUCUUGAGGCUGUGACAGACCCAAAGUACUGGUUGCUUGUCGUCUUUAUCAUUGUUCAAAACUUCAUCAAUGCUGGAAUCACAAACUUUAACACCUUCAUCAUCAAAGGAUUUGGAUACUCCAAUUAUAGAACCAUGUUGUUGGCCACCCCUCAGGCAGCGGUGGCCAUGGGAGCGUGUAUCUCAGUGGCAUUUAUAUGUUACUUUGUGAAAAACAUUAGAUACAUUCUCAUAUGUUUAACAACAUGUGUCACCAUGGCCGGUAUCAUAAUGUUGUGGAAAGUCUCUCCAACUCUGCACAGAAACACAUGUCUUGCUGCUGUGUAUAUUUGCGGAUUUUACAACGCUCCAUAUGUGCUUACGCUGUCCUUGAUUGCCUCCAAUAAUAGUGGAUCAACAAAAAAGGCCUUCAAUUCCAUCAGUGUUGGGUUGUUCUACGCUCUAGGAAACUUGAUUGGUCCUCAGUUUUUCCUCAAUUCUGAAUCUCCGACUUAUCCAACCGGUAUCAAGGCCAUGCUUGCAGCUUGCGUGAUCAUGUUGUUUUGUGUUUCUGUUUACGCGCUCCUCUGCUUUGUGGAAAACAGAAGAAGGGAUAAAACUCAGCUGGUCAAAAAUGGAGAGCUGGAUCUGGAAGAAAUUAUUAGAAUCGGAAAAGAGGUCGACAGAGAUGACCUUACAGACGUCCAAAAUAAAUAUUUCCGCUAUAGCUUUUAA